GGGCUUUCUUGCAAGCUUCCAGAGCGUUUGGAAGUGGACGUGGUGAAUCCACUAUGAGCAUGCAGUCGAGUCCUAGCCACGAGCCUGUCAGUCUCCCGUACCACUCCAGCAAAAGCCGAGGGCUAAAGAGGAGAGAACGAUCGUCUAACCUGCGCCAUGUAACUUCGGCUAGGCAUAAAGUUCAACCUCCACCUCGCGUUGAGAGUACUCAGCCGAGGGAAACUAGUCCCGAGCCUUAUUCUUCAGGAGAAGAGACUGCGGGAGAGGAAAAAUAUGACGGUGGCGAGGAAGGGGUCUGGGUCGAUGAUGGUAACGCCGAAUGGGUAGAUGAAGACGACGAGGACAAGGAUGACCUGUUAGAUUUAGAAUAUCAUCCUGAUUAUAUCAACAAUUUAGAGAAGCGACGCAGAAGAUGGGAUAGUCGAUGGGAUGCACUGGUUCAAGCAUUCCAAACUUUGGAUAGAGAGACAGACACGACACUGGUUCUGUUGGCAUCACCCUCUCAUUCUACAAAAUUACAUGCUGUAACGUCCCGGUCAAUACGUCGGGAAUUAGCAUCGAAGCAGUCUAUGGCUAUGACCAAUAUUCGCACAUCUUUCAGUAAUAUCGCUGCUCGGAGACGUGCUACUCGUGCUCAAGGAACGUCUCUCGUGGAGAGACUUCUCCUUAACGCCAAUCUUUCUGGAGAAAGCUCCGAUGGGAGCUCCGAGUCCCGAGAGGGAGAUCUCAAGCGAGCACUGGAAACUGCUCUGGGUAGUUUAGGAGCCCUUCGUGGAAUUUAUGAGCAACGAGUGGCACGAUGGGAGGAUGAAAUGUCGAGAAUUAGCGAUGAGCGCGAACGGGUAGACUUGCUACUGAAACAGACACUUGGCGUUGGUUUCCCGAAUGGCACAGAUGUUCGCACAAUGUAGCCUGCUCUACGAGGUGUGGUUGGUUAGACAUGUUGAAUCCACCCUUUCAUGAUUCUAUGAACUGGUCUUCGUUGUAUGUACUCACACGUAAAUAGCAUUUUACUGACUUCCUCUUCCUCUUUUUCUUUGCAUCUUCUGUCUAUCUUUCAUGAAUUGUACCCUAGUUUUCCAUUAUGACGUGUGUAUAUGAUCUGCAUGUAUGUUCCAUAGAAGUACGCCUGCUGCCUGCGUGCUAUGUCUUGUAUAUCGUGUAUGUACAUCCAAUGAGCCAUGCUAUCUGGUUACUU